AUGUAUAUUGAAGUUGGCGGCCAUGCUUAUCAUCAGGAUUGUUGUUUCGAAGUUCAACUUUAUCCAUUGCUUCUGUCAGAAUUUACGUUGCGAUUGAAGGAUGUUACAUUUCCGCAAAAGAAAAUGACAACCGAAGUAGCAAUGCAAACUGUGGAGGUGCAGACUGGUGUUGAUGGAACUUUGGGGGUAUACGCUAAAGUGGCAGUUGUCUUUACUCUAAUCGGCACAUUUGCUGCUGUAUUUUAUGCAGGUUCUCGAAUUGGAAAAGGGGAAUGA